ACCCUGUAUAUACAUCUCUACCUUGAGUCACAUGACCAAACAAAUCAGUGCCGAGUGCAAAACACCGGAAGUCAAAAAAUAAGAAAAAUCGAAAAUGGUUAUCAAAGCAGUCUGUUGUUUAGCCGGUGCAGGUGCCGUCAAAGGCGUUGUCACGUUCACUCAAGAAGGUGCUGAUGGCCCAGUUAAAGUUGAUGGAGAACUGACUGGUUUAACUCCCGGCAAGCAUGGAUUCCACAUUCAUGAGUUUGGAGACAAUACAAAUGGCUGUACAAGUGCUGGACCACAUUUUAAUCCUGAAGGCAAGACACAUGGAGCUCCAGAUGCUGCAGAAAGACAUGUAGGUGAUCUUGGCAAUGUUACUGCUGGUGAUGAUGGUGUUGCAAAAGUAGAGAUUACUGACAAACUCCUAAAUCUUGUAGGACCCAACUCAAUCAUUGGAAGAACUGUAGUGGUUCAUGAUGGAGUAGAUGAUUUGGGCCUUGGGGGACAUGAACUCAGUUCUACAACUGGUAAUGCAGGGGGAAGAGGAGCUUGUGGAGUCAUUGGAAUCACCAAGGCAUAGAACAGCAACAAUAGGACAAAAUAUCAGUCAUGGACAGUAUUUGAAAAACACUGCAAAUUAUCAUGUAUUAAUUCAUCAUUCAUGAUAGUUUUGAAUAAUGUCUAACAGUCUCUGACUUGCUCAUUUCCAGCACUCAGUUCGCACAGGUUAUAAAUAUCAUUUCUAAAAUAUGUAUAGCAAUUGGCAUCACUAGUCCUCACUCUAGUAAAACGAAUUAAGAAAAUAAUUGUGUAAUUAAGGCAGCUUAUUAAAUACUGGGCUCGACACUGAUUUUAUUGUAAAGUUUAAUAAUGAACUAUGGGGUAACAGUGACGUUUCCCUUGAAAUCAUUUGUGUUGUAUAGUAUAUUUUUGUAAUUUUGUGUAUACAUUUGUACAUGUAUAAUGGGAAGUGGCAACUUGAAAUGACAAUGCACCAAUUGGCAUUCAUGUCUGCAGCAAUGUAACCUUCCAAGUAAAUUGCCAAAUUAGCUCCACAGAUAUAUAAAUAAAAUAUCUCAUUCUUGUUUUCAAUUAGUAUGAUUUAGUUCAUGUUUGUAAAUCAGAUGUAAGCAAUAAAUGUAUAAACUAAAAA